GAGGGGUCGGAGCUCUGGGCCAGGGGCGGGGCGGGCCUGGGGCUCCGCGCCACGUUUAGCGUUCGGUGGUGACAGUCCCCAAAUACGGACUGGAUACCCAAAUACGGUUUGAAGUAUUUGGGAGCGAAGUACAUAAAGUCACAGCCCCCGCCUUCAAAGGGCUUAUAGUCUUGGAAUGACAGUUGCAAAACUAGUGAAAUACAAAGGCAGCUCCGAACAAGAGCCGGCAUGCGUAACGGCAUGGGUACAGCAAGUGGAGGAACAAGAGGACCAACCCAUUGGAAAAGGGAACAAAAUAGUACUUGACUAAAAGGAUACCACAGAACCCAAGAUAUCAGCAUGUUAAGUCAAGACUGGACACUGGUAACAGUAUGACGAAAUACAUUGAGAAGCUAGAAGAGAUCAAAAAAAAUUAUAGAUACAAAAAAGAUGAGCUUUUCAAGAGACUAAAAGUUACCACUUUUGCCCAGCUGGUCAUCCAAGUUGCUUCCCUAUCUGAUCAAACACUGCAAGUGACAACUGAGGAGAUCCAAAGGCUAGAAGACAAUGAGUCUGCAACUUCAGACCCUGAUGCUGACAUCGCUGCCAGGACCAAUGGGAAAGGGAGUCCCGGUGAGCAGUCGCCCAGCCCAGUCCAGUUCAUCAACAGUGCGGCAGCGGGGGACUCAAGUCGCUCCACGCUUCAGAGUGUCAUCAGUGGUGUUGGGGAACUGGAUCUAGACAAAGGGCUAGUGAAGAAAGCAGAGCCUAACACCAAAGACAAACCUUAUUCUGACUGCCCCUUCUUGCUGCUAGAUGUACGUGAUAGAGAUUCUUACCAGCAGUGCCACAUCGUUGGAGCUUACAGUUACCCAAUUGCAACUCUGUCUAGAACGAUGAACCCCUAUUCAAAUGAUAUUCUUGAAUAUAAAAAUGCUCAUGGCAAGAUCAUCAUUCUGUAUGACGACGACGAAAGACUGGCCAGCCAGGCAGCCACCACCAUGUGUGAGCGGGGGUUUGAAAAUCUCUUCAUGCUUUCUGGAGGUCUAAAAGUCUUAGCUCAGAAAUUCCCAGAAGGACUGAUUACUGGUUCCCUGCCAGCAUCCUGCCAGCAGGCCCUUCCUCCUGGUUCUGGCCGGAAACGAUCCAGCCCCAAAGUGCCACCACUACCAGCUGAGAACAAAUGGAGAUUUACCCCAGAAGACUUAAAAAAGAUAGAAUAUUAUCUGGAAGAGGAUCAGGGUCCCACAGACAAUCCUAGCCGACUGAACCAAACUAACUUUUUUGGAAGAGACUCCAAGGUGCCUAGUGCCCGAAGCAGUCAGAACCUGCCUGUUGGGGUCCCUACUGGCCACUCGAACCCCCGAGCACCUGGCAGUGGCCACCUGCAAGCCAAACCCUGGAAGUAAAGACUGUCUCGCUUAGUCAAAUAAAUGUUUCCCCUCUUUUGGAACCCCUGAGCAGUUCCCAAGUUGGUCAUUUUCAGAACCGCUGUAGAGAAACCCACACCAUGUGGAGUAGGCCUUCUUCCUUCUCCCUGUCUCCCCCUCCUCUCCUUUCAGCCAGCUUGGGAAGAAUUUUGACAGAUGACCACAAAAACCAGAGGCAUGACAGGCUGUAGUGUCCUCCCUAUUGUUUACAGAAUAUUUAAGUCUUUUGAAACUGAAUAGGAAAAAAAAGAACCUCUCUUUUAAAUAAGGUCCAGCUUGUUUGGUCUAUAUCCAGUGUUGUUUUGUAAAUACUUCAGUCACAUCUGCUGGUAUGUUCUUCCCAACCAGUUUUUUUUGUUGUUGUUGUUUGUUCAUUACUGAUUUCGUGAAGGAUUCUCCAGGUGGGCUUGGCAUGGGCAACUGUCCCCAGGGGUGCAUAUGAGACUUGUUUCCAGCCACCCACAGGCCCACACCAGGUGUGGGUGGCUUGUCGAGAAACUCUGCCCAACAUGCUGUGGAUCUGUUGGGAGUUCAGAAUCUGGUACCUGUGAGCAUGGCUUAAUUUUAUGAUUUUUAGAGAAGCUCUACAUUUCUUCAAUACUCCCUUUCAUUUAAUGGUUUCCUGGGGGCAGAAAGGCGUGCACUCUGCUGUCCUCACACUGGGAAGAGGGAAUGCCCUGGCCAUUGUACAGGCCUGUGUGGGGGCCCCUAGAAGCCACCAGAACUGUUCCUCACUUGUGGCUGGUGUAUCAGUUGUAAAUUUCCAUUGCCUGAUGGAGUCCAUCUGUGUUAGAUGAGUACAAAUUACGACCACUUGAAAACAUGAGUUUCACUCAGGCAACAGGAACAUACAAGGUGAGGAGGACUCUGAAGUCCUUUGUCAGGCUGAUGACCCCUUAAGCCCUUGCUUUAAAAGACAGUAUUAGUCUAAUUGAGUAAUUAGUGCAAUUUCCUGCUUACUUUUCAUUCUCAUGACUGAGCUGUGAUUAGGAGGUUGUGAUUAUAGAUUCUGGUUUUGGCCGGAAUUUUGAAUCAGCAUUAAUUGAAUUGCUAGAUGACUGACAUUCAUUCUAUUUAAUUGGGGGGAACAAAAGACCUCAGGUAAGGAUGAGGAAUUCUGAAAUCAUACAGAAAAGGAAAAGAGCCUUGUUAAUUUUUAUGGUCUGUGAUCAUAGCUGUGAUAAGGGACUAAGGAAUAAAUUGUGUUCUUCGUCAUGGCAACCAGCUUCUGAAAGCCAACUGAAAAUUGCCUAUCCUUAGGUGGUUACUGCUGCUGGGUAAGAUUUGCCUUAAAAGUACUAUUUCUCACUACCAAAAAAGAAAAGAAAGAAAAGAAAAAAAAAAAAAAAAAAAAAAAAAAAAAACCUCCGCAGUAUUUCUAGCAUGAGGGCUGUGUUGUAAGAGAAAUAAACGUAAUAAAUAUCUCAUGCAGACAUAUGGAAAAAUAAGUCAGAUGCAGCCCAGUUCUGUUUUAGAAUGUGUUUAUUCUUCUCUACUUGAUUUCCAAAGUGCAACAUUUUCCGAUGCUUUAGAAAUCAAACAAACCAGGGACAUUGUUCAGAUGUCAAGCCGUGCCCAAUUUUCCACAAGAUUCAAGAAUCUUGUAUCAAAUUCAGCCAAUGUACACAUAGCUUUAAUGAGAAGCCCGUCAUGUUUCCCCAUAAAUUUAUUGCCUGAGAACUUAGUUCAGCCUUCUGCUAAUGCCAGAAUGCUCUGGCUUUUUAUUUUCUUUAUGGCAUAGAUAGAAAAAUGCAGAUUUUUCCACACUCAACUUUCCCCUAGCGUGGACAAGAUUUUCAGCCAUCUUUGACACAUAUACAUUUUUAAGGAAAAAUAUUUUCUCUAUAACAAAGUUCUGGUUAUGCCAUUUUAAAGUUGGCUAGUCAGGAGACUAGACUUCCCCUCCCGAUUCCACUUUGAAAACAAAGAAUAGUGUCCCCUGUUGCUGUUGUGCAGUUGUGACUUCACAUGUUAGAAGCACUAUAUACGUAUUAGAAGUCAGAAUUGCUGUGUGUUUACCAGAGAGUUGGAGCAGGUUGAAUAUUUUAUGUGUGUCUAUCCGUAGUGCUUUGCCCUAUUGGUAAGGACUUUAAAAUUUCUAAAGACCUGUUGUGAUUCUGCACUUUUGAGUGUUAAAUGUUACUAUCAGACAUUUUUUAUAAGCUCAAGCUAUUGCUUUUAACAUUCUACCUUACUUCUUUCUUCAUUAGAUUGUUUGACAUGUAUUAUUUAAAUGAUCAGUGAUACUUUGUGCAAUUAUGAAUGUUGAAGAUUAAAGAACAUAGUUACAUAGUUACUAAUUUGUCGUUUGCUAUUAAUGUGCUGAAACCUGCCAACUUCUCUGUCAGGAUGAUUUGGGGGAGCCCCAGGAGACUGGAGUGAUUGGAAAGAGUGCCUUUUUUUUUUUUUUCUGCAUCUCCCAGAAAAGCAUAUAUUCUUUGUAUAAAUGAAUCAGGAAAUAACUCCAGUUAGAGCCAGAGACAUGCUCUGUGGUCAGAAGGCCUGGGUUUCUCAUCAUACUCAGGCAGGGACUGAUGGCCAGGUUGUGUCACAGAUUCCUUGUCAGUGUUUUGGGGAUUCACUCCCUGUCCUCGCCUGGGACCCCCGAGAAGGAGGGUGCUUUACCAACAUGCAGCGAUAGCUCUACCGUGCGUCAGCAAUGGUCAAAGCUUAAUAACAUGUUAGACACCUCAAAGGGAUGUGUACGUCAGAAUGAAAGGAGUGGAGGAAGGAGGGAAACAAGGAACAAAGAGGGAAGGGAGAAGAAGAGAGGCAGAAAAGGAGUGGGGAGAAAGCUCCAGGCCUCAUUCAAAAACUAAGGACAUCCUGGGCUGUAAAUGUCAGGUUUAGUCUGUUGAAAACUAUAGAAUGAUUCAAAUGACCUAAAAGUAACUUUCAGUUUUUACCUGUGGUAGGAAGCCAGAACCAACACAAUCGUAUUGGACCUGGUAUAAAUCAGGAUUAAAAGAGAACACAUAAUAUUCAUUAGUCACUCAGAGACUUUUCCUGUGGUGCUGUUUAGAUUCUACAAAAAUUCUUAAGACUUUAAGCUACUCACCAGGAAAACAGAACAAAACAAAACCCUUUUCUUCUGUAAUUCCCUCGUGGAAUAUAACUGAAGUCAGAGUCCUAGGCUGGAAGAAAUAUGUAGGUGAUUUUUCUUGUGUUGGUUUUAGUUUCUGUCAUGUUGUUUAUUGGUUGUAGAGUCUGUCUUUUAUUUUAUUUGACUUUUUUAGGGCGAUAACUAAUUUCUGUCUACCUAGAUUCAAAUCCAUGAUUACCUUCUGGCUCUACUCUGAAGAUGAUCAUUAAGAUGAUCCUUUCUUUCUCCAGUUCUAAAAUGUUCUCAGUGUCUUUGAUGCGAGUUUAUUUUCUUCACAUUUCUCGUAAUACUUUCCUUUUCCAAAGUUUAAUUACAUUGGGCAUGUUAAAUACU